AGCUCAGACUGCCAUUAGAGGCAAGCCUGGCCCCGCCGGGUAUCUAUAUCCCUGGGGGAGAUGCACGAUGAAAGUAUACCCUGGACAGAGCAAAGCUGUUCUGCAGAUGAUGAGGCGCCUCGAUUGUCAAAGACAAGUUCAAGCCUACUGAUCAGGCUGUGGCCAGACGAGCGCUGGAUGAAACACUUCAUCCGAGGCACUGAAGAUUCUGAACAAGUCCGCCAGACCGUCUUCACAGUGCGUAUGUGCACAAUUUUUCUUCUUGGCUCGCUGUCAUAUUGCUUAUAUUCGUUCAUGUCGUGGGGCGAUGAUACUGACAUAUCGUGGGUCGUGGUUGACACCAUAGCUGGGUAUAAUUUCCUGGUACAAGCUCAUGCUUUAUUACAUUUGUACGUUUUCGGCAUGACCUCGGCUCUGAAGGUAGGACUCAUGGUUAAUGGAUUCUUGGUCAUCACUGCCCUCGGAUUCAAUGCAGGGUUUGCGUCAAACUACCACUUGGGUUAUGUACUUCUGCUGGACGUGCUGUUGGUUAUGCAGUCGGAGCACGACCAAGCAACGCUGCAUAGGUUAUCGAUUCUCCUACGUGUUUUGAUCGUUAUAUAUGUUGCGCUCCAAGUUCAAGACGACCACCUCGGAUGGAUUCAGCUUGUUCCGUACGAGACCAAGCCCACAGCUCUGUCUCAGUUCAUGUGCAGUACUGUGCCGAUACUCGUGAAUUUCACAAUGCUCAGGUCUUACAGCGCGGUCGCGCGGAAGGAUGCACGGCGCCACGAGGAGUCAGUAAAAAUGGCCUCCCGCAUUGCCAAACAUCUUGUCAAUUUCGAUUUGAACUCAGCGGAGGUACUUCUGUCGAGCGAUAGGGCCGAGUCUUUCGUUAACAAGCCGCUGUCACAACUGCUCGCCAACCUGCGAAGCUAUCGUCCCUUCCUGCCGAAGUCCCUUUUCAUCCGUGACGACGAUGUAGAGGUCGUGGACGAGAUGCUCGUCGAAUCGAUGCAGGGUAAGCCAACCAAGUGGGAGCGCGCCAACUCGGCUGCUCGCAGACUCCGAGAUCCGAGCUAUUCACUUCGCGACUUUCAUGAGGACGUGGUAGAAGCCUUCCCCGAGCUGACGCUCUACAGCGUGGGGCCGAACAAGGAGGCCGACACUGUCGCCGAGGUGUCGGGAUUGUACUCUUCUGGCCUCUCGGGCUCAGCCGAGUUCCUGCGGACUAUGGGGGCGAUGUAUUCGAUAUACUGCGUGACCCGGCUGGACAUGGACGGCAAGGACAUAUUCUGCUAUGGUGUGGACGAGAACUGGCAACCUCACACCUCCGCCACCUGUGAGGCAGACGAGAAGAGAUGUUUGUUCUACGCGCAGAUGCGGUGGGACAAGGUUCAAGAUCUGCUGGUCCGGGCAAAUUUGCUGACGAUCAGGGACGGCCGCACUGUCAUUAACCACGACCGUAUGGUGGCGUUACUUGUGCUGACAGCAAUUCACGAUGUGAUGAAAAACAACUGUUUGCUACCCACGGUGCAUAUCAAGCAUUCGCGGUUCCAGGGCGUAGCGGCGGGCAGCCGUAUCCUUGAUCACGACGUUGCUCUCGCGUACAUCAUGGAGAAUUUCCCGAGCUUGUUACCAAGUUUCCAGGGACUCACACCGAGUCAGCGCGCUCCCGUUCUAUUCUCCCAGAGCACAUUGGGCUUCAACAACGGCUGGCUCGUGCAAGGUGAGGCACCGCCGGGUCCCUUGUUCUCUCUGUUCAAGCAGGUCGUCGUGCAGGGAGGGGCCUCCGAGUCAGAAAUUAGCUUCUACUUUGUACACUGGCUUACCGACGUCGCUGGCGCAGAACCAUGCUAUCGGUCGUCCUGGUCUGGGUCUGACAAGUUUGUACUGAAGUUUCCUCUGCGGGUCCUCUUGGCCUUUCUGGACUCCUUCAACUUCGUGAAGCUCUUGGCCACGAAGUCCGAGGUGGAAGUCAUGGAGGAGUACCUGCAGAACCGCUGGUCGGCGUGUGGCCUCCAGACGCACAGUGUCGCGACAGGGUGCGACCUGGCGGCGAAGCGCCUGGUCCUCAUGACCCAGGGCUUCGAGGCCGACUGCCUGUCCGCGCUGCAGGACAUGGACCCUGAGGAGCGCGACAUCCUCGCCGGAGAGCUGGCGCUGACAGGGCUCCGCCAGCAGUUCGAGGGCGCGCCCUCCUGGGUCAGGGAGGAGCCCGUGGGGCCCGCCUUCCUGGUCUACUACGCCCCUGCACUGCUGCAGAAGGCGGGGGCUCACCAGGUCAUGGAGGCGCUGCUCGUCUUGGCGGCGGUGUACCGGGCGGCCCGGAGGCUCUUCCCGAUGGACAUCACGCCGCAGGCGGUGGAAAGCACGGUGACCGUCCGCAUCGAUGCGUUGAAGGUCUUCACCCCGGAGGAGAUCUUGUCCAAUGAGCCCUGGCACCUACGCGCGGUCUCGAACACUCUUAUCGAGGCAGUGCGCGGUCCGAUUGACGACACGGUAUCCGUCAGAUCCACCGCCACUGAGACAACAGCAGUCGCCAGCAGCCAUAGCUUCCCCAGGAAGCGUCGGCCGUCCACUGGGUCCCCGAUGAGAUGCGCCCCACUUAGUCUUGAGACGUUGCGAAAUUUGGAGAAUUGCGCCAUCUAAUUAGGUGGCUGAGUCAAUGCACUCAUCAACGUGACGAUGUACCGUCAAGCCCUCGGCAGGCGUGUCGAGAUUGACAGCGUGCUUUGAGGGAAGGGUGUGUAGGUGGUUGGCCGAUCAUCGUCUGCCUCCAUCUGCUCCUCCUCUUCGGCUGCUUGGCAUGCCUUGUGGUCGGCGGAUUUUGUUCUCUCCUUAUCUCUUGCCGCCUGUGUGAAUGCAUAUGCAUUCUGCCUGAGCAGUGUAAAAACAAGUUUCACCUGCAGACCUUGUGUGUUCCGGCCUACUCGCAUCGGUGGCCCGAUCUUGCGCUUGAGGCUCACUACGUAUGUGGUGCGUUUUUGACGCUCGGGCGCACUUCUCGGUCGAGCGCGUCCCGCGAUGACGGGUAAAUUAGCAAUGUGCGCUAGUCGACAACCUUCCAUUUCGGCGUGACAGCCGUCUUGCGUUUUGACGUGCUCGUGUCAUUCCCCUGCUAAUUUUCGACGGCAUGGCCUUCAAGUCAUGCCUUAAGGUCACACCGACAAGCGCGCAGCAUACUGCAGACUUGCGCCCUUCAGGCUCCGCAAAAAAAGGUGGGCACGUCGCAAGUGCACGUUGGCUGUCCCCCAAUCUUCUCGAUCUGUU